UAUAGUGGGGAGGGUUCUCAUUUUCAUUCUGCGGUCUAGUCAACAGGGUCAACAGUUUCUUUCUUUCUAUCUUCACAACAAAUUUUUUGCCUUCUAUGAAGUACCGGUGUUUUAUUUAUAUCCCUCAAAAUUAUUCAAUAAAUUAAUAGACAAAACAAUACCUAGAUUUGAUUUUUAUUUAAUAUAAAUAAUAAAUAAAAUUUUUUGUUCAUAAUCAGCUAACUUGUAACAAUUCAAUUUAUUUCUAAUUUUUCUAAUUACUUUUUUUCAUAAAAAAAAAAACCUCAAUAAAUUAUGUAUAUAUAUAUUAAGUACUUAAAUUAGUCAAUUUUCUAAACAUAAUGCCAAAUAAAAUGACUUUGGAGGAUUUUCCUAAUUUAAGUAGGAUAUCCAAUCCCACUAAUGUACUUAAAAAAAUUAAUAACAUUAUAAGUGACGGCCCUGGAAAAUUACAGGUCGUCACCGAUUUCGAUUUAACUCUCACAAAGCAACAUGUUGAUGGCAAAGAUCAUUUGAGCAGUUUUGGUAUUUUCGCUAAAUGCAAACAACUUCCUCCAAAAUAUGCUGAAAUGCAAAAUAGAACACAUAAAAAAUAUCGUCCAAUUGAAACGGAUCCUCAUAUUCCGUUGGAUGAAAAAAUACGCGCAAUGGAAGAAUGGAUAAAAAUAGGUGAAGAUCAUCUCAAAGAUUAUGAAUUUGAUCCCAGUGAAUUGGAAGAAGUUGCUGAAAAAUAUGGCACAGAUUUACGUGUGGGUACAAAGGAUUUAAUUGAUAAAUUAAAUUCAUCAAAUAUUCCAGUAUUAGUAUUUAGCGCUGGUUUAGGUGAUGUUGUUGAGGCAAUAUUAAAGCACAAUAAUGUUCAUCAUGAGAAUGUGGAAAUAAUAUCAAAUUUCUUAAAAUAUUCAAAUAAUAAAUUAGAUGGUUUUAAGGGGGAAAAAAUACAUGUUUUUAAUAAAAAUGAAACUGUCUUGAAUGAUGAACAAUUGAAACGUUUAGAAAAUCGUAAAAAUAUUAUUUUAAUGGGUGACAGUAUUGGCGAUACAACAAUGUGUAAUGGAAUCAAAGAUAUUGAAAAUAUUUUAAAAAUUGGUUUUCUUUAUAAUAAGAACAAUGAAAUUGUGGAAAAAAGUUUAAAUGAUUAUAUGAAUGCUUUUGAUGUUGUACUUAUUGACGAUCAGACAAUGCAAUUUCCAAUGUCGAUAUUGAAACGAAUUUUUUAAUUUCUAAUUUUCUUUGCAAUUUAGUUUUUAAUUCUUUUUUUUUCAUAUCAAAACAUUGAAUCUCAAAAAUUAUUAUUAUUAUUAUUAUUCCCGUAAUUUCAAUCAGUAUUUUUAGAAAUUAUUUUUACAAAAAAUAGUUACGGAGCGAAAAUAUUGAAAAUUAUUGAUUUUCUCAGAAAUAUAAUAAAUAUUUUGAUUAAAUCAAAAA